UCCCGGAGACACCUUCUCAGGCACCGCAGUCACCCCCGAGGCCGGGGCAUUCCUCACAGUUUCUUAUCUGGAUGGUAAAAUCAGGACGGCGCCUAAUUGGUUGCUGACUCUCUCUGGUAAAUGAAGGAGGUUUCUGUUUUAAGAAAUAGAGAGACUUCUCAGCCGUUGAUUCACUGCCCACGGGGAGCCUGCGGAGCAGCAGCUUCCUCUCCGUAGAGAUUUGCAUACAACAUCCACUUCCUGCUUCACAGCCUGCUCCACCGCUUACCUGGACCUGGAGAGGGCGAGGGAGGUCUGAGCAAGGUGGAGCCCCAGAGCAGAGCCAGCGACCACCCCCCGGGCCUGCCUGUCAGUGGCGAGCGGAGAAACUAGAAUGAACCGAAGCAUUCCUGUGGAGGUUGACGAAUCAGAACCAUUCCCAAGUCAAUUACUGAAACCAAUCCCAGAAUAUUCCCUGGAAGAGGAAUUGGAACCACCUGCUCCAAAUACAAGGAACAUGGCACCCAGCAGCUUGUCUGCACUCCAAGCCCCUCACCAUGCUUCGGGAGACCUUCGCCAGGCUCACCCUCCCCUGAGACUUGCAAAGCACCAGCCUGUGUCACAACAGGUCACCUGCCUGCGCACUAAAGUCCUGGAGGAGAGUGAAGCCAGUUUCUUGAGAAGGCACCCCGAUUCUGGCAAAGGGGUUUGCUCAUGCUUGACCGAAGCCAGCGAGCCUGAGUCUGAAUCUGUGCUUGGAGCCCUCUCUCCAGAACACCGGUUUUCACUUAUGGAGAAACGCAAUAGACGGCUGGGAUCUCAGUUUUCAGCAGCUUCUCCUGACACUGACCAGGACUCAGACAAAUCAGACCCAAGUUUACCUAAUGCUCUGGCAGACUCCUCCAGUGGUGGCCAAGAGAUGAUACCUCGGCCCCGGCCCCCCAGGAACAGAGCAGCCCCAGAUGUGCCCACAAUAGACACUGGAUAUGAUUCCCAGCCCCAAGACGUCCUGGGCAUCAGGCAGCUGGAAAGGCCACUACCCCUCACCUCCACAUGUUACCUGCAGGACCUUCCUGGGCCUCUGAGGUCCAGGGAGUUUCCUCAGUUUGAACUUCAGAGGCAUCCAGCACAUGCACAGAGACCGCCUCUCAAUCCUUCCCCACAGGCUCCAUGGAACUAUCAGUAUCAUUGCCUUGGAGGGCCCUAUCACCAGGCGCCAUAUGCUCAUGCCUACCCUCCAACAGCCUACCAGCAAGUCAUCCAGCCUGCCCUGCCUGGCCAGGUCCUUCCUGGGGCAAGGGUGAGAGGCCUGUAUCCUGUGCAGAAGGUUGUCCUGAAUUACCCCAGCCCCCAGGACCAAGGAGAGAGACCUGCACAGAGAGACUUCUCUUUGCCAAGGCUCCCAAGGGACCAGCUCUAUCACCCACCAUCUGAUGGAGCUGGAGCUCCUGAGGCGUCCUUGGAACAUCCUGCAGAGCUGAGACCACAGGGUCCCCAGGCUCCCUCCCCAGCUGCUGUGCCUAGACCCCCCAGCAACCCCCUAGCCCGAGGAACUCUAAAAACUAGCAAUUUGCCAGAGGAAUUACGGAAGGUCUUUAUCACGUAUUCUAUGGACACAGCCAUGGAGGUGGUAAAAUUUGUGAACUUUUUGUUGGUGAAUGGCUUCCAAACUGCAAUUGACAUAUUUGAGGAUAGAAUCCGGGGUAUUGAUAUCAUCAAAUGGAUGGAGCGCUACCUUCGAGAUAAGACAGUGAUGAUAAUUGUAGCAAUCAGUCCCAAAUACAAACAGGAUGUGGAAGGCGCUGAGUCGCAGCUGGACGACAAUGAACAUGGCUUACACACUAAGUACAUUCAUCGAAUGAUGCAGAUCGAGUUCAUAAAUCAAGGAAGCAUGAAUUUCAGAUUCAUCCCCGUGCUCUUCCCAAAUGCCAAGAAGGAGCACGUGCCCACCUGGCUUCAGAACACUCAUGUUUACAGCUGGCCCAAGAAUAAGAAAAACAUCCUGCUGCGGCUGCUCCGAGAGGAAGAAUAUGUGGCUCCUCCGCGCGGUCCUCUGCCCACCCUUCAGGUGGUUCCCUUGUGACACCAGCCAUCUCCAGCUCAGUGCAGUCCUGUUCUCACAGCAUUCUUCUAUCCUAGACGGGUUGG